UUCUCCGCGCGGUAACGGUGUGCCCGGGUGGGGAAGAGACCGUGGGAGAAGCCAGAGAAGCCCAGCCAUGCUGAUGAACUCCGGCUCCGUCCACUAAGGGACCCCGGUUUCGAGCCUGGUCGCGCGUUUGUGGCCGCGCUGGGAACUACAUUUCCCAGCAUUCCCGCGGUGACCAAACCAUCUUUCCCAAAAGCCUGAGCGUGUGAGUCAUGCAGACUUCCGCAUCGCGCCCGCGGGGAAACGGCACGAAAUGAGUCGCUGGGCUUUGCAGUUCCUCCGCUGUGAAGGCUGCGGGGGCUACCGGAUUUUUUCACCCCGCAGGCGUUUCUCGCCGGCCCUGCGGAGAGACUUUUUAACCACUACAACCAAGGACGGAUAUGAUGUUAGGCAAGUGGACAUAACUCCUUUAGAGCAACGGAAGUUAACUUUUGAUACCCACGCCCUGGUUCAGGACUUGGAAAGUCAUGGAUUUGACAAAGCACAAGCAGAAACCAUCGUAUCAGUCCUAAGCAGUUUAUCAAAUGUCAGCUUGGACACUAUCUAUAAGGAAAUGGUCACUCAAGCCCAACAGGAAAUAACAGUACAACAGCUAAUGGCACAUUUGGACUCCAUUAGAAAAGAUAUGGUCAUCCUAGAGAAAAGUGAAUUUGCAAAUCUGAGAGCUGAGAAUGAGAAAAUGAAAACUGAAUUAGACCAAGUUAAACAGCAACUGAUAAAUGAAACCAGCCGAAUCAGAGCAGAUAAUAAACUAGACAUCAACCUGGAAAGGAGCAGAGUAACAGAUAUGUUUACAGAUCAACAAAAGAAACUUAUGGAAGUAACCACAGAAUUUACCAAAAAGGAUAACCAAACCAAAAGUGUUAUUUCAGAAACCAGUAAUAAAAUUGACACUGAAAUUGCCUCCUUAAAAACACUAAUGGAGUCUAACAAACUUGAUACAAUCCGUUAUCUUGCAGCCUCGGUGUUUACUUGCCUCGCAAUAGCCUUGGGAUUUUAUAGAAUCUGGAAAUAACAGAACUACCAUAUUGUUCUUUUGCUGUGGCUCUUGGCUGCUUAGGACACUACAUUAAGGAUUGGUAACAAGAUUACUUAAAGCAUUUUGGACUGAAAAGAAGUGUUUUAGCAUAAGAUCUAAUUACUUUUGUGAUGUUGAAAAGCUGUUCUUCAAAACCCGAUUGCUUUAUGAUAACGAGGCUAUUUUGCCUCCUAUCGAUAGUUUCUACUUCAUAGAAACUGAACCAACGUUUUCUUGUUUGCUUAAACUCAAUACUGUUUAAACCAGGACUUCUUUAUGCUACGGAUUUGAAAACAUGUUCCAAGCCUAUAUACUCCAUAUUGCAUUCAACUUGCAUUUUCAUAUAUAAUAAAAGUUGUUUGAAUUUUUAACGUGG